AUGGGUUGUUUCUCAGUAGCCAGGGGGCUUGUGACGGCGGGGGAAGGGGUCGCUGCUGUCACGGGAGAAGCGGCGCCGUUACAGAGCGGCGACGUCGGAACACGGAGGAGAAACUCUGUCUGCGACGACACGGGCGCGGCCGUGGUGGACGACGCCGGCGGCGUGCUGGGGGAAGCGCUGCACUGCCAGGGGGACGUCCAUUCGCGAGCAGGUGGAAUAAUUCCUUUGGUGGCCCAGCAACUUCACAGAGAAAACGUCGAGCGAGUAGUGAACGAGGCGCUCCGUGCCAGCGGGGUUUCCGUGCGUGAGCUUGCAGCUAUCGCGACCACAGUGAAACCGGGCCUUGCCCUGAGCCUGGAAGUGGGGCUGCAGUACAGCUCGAGCCUGGCCAGCGCGCACCGGACACCGUUCAUACCCAUCCAUCACAUGGAGGCCCACGCGCUGACCAUCAGGCUGACCCAGCGCGUGGAGUUCCCCUUCCUCGUUCUGCUGCUCUCAGGGGGCCACUGCAUCCUGGCAGUGGCACGAGGAGUUUCGGAUUUCCUUCUGCUCGGACAGUCCAUAGAUAUAGCGCCGGGUGACAUGCUGGAUAAGGUAGCAAGAAGACUCUCCUUAAGAAAGCACCCAGAGUGCCACGGCAUGGCUGGGGGGAAAGCGAUCGAGCACUUGGCUCAAACUGGGAACUGGCGACAGCACACGUUCCGCCUUCCCAUGCAACAGUACCGGAACUGUGACUUCUCCUUUUCCGGACUCCAGAACCUGAUCAAUAAAGCCAUUGUACAAAAGGAAAAAGAAGAAGGUAUUCAAGAAGGUGAGAUCCUGUCCUGCGUUAAGGACAUUGCUGCUGCCGUACAGCACACAGUGGCUCUUCAUAUUAUUCAGCGGACGUAUCGAGCCAUGCUGUUCUGCAUAAAAAAUAGCAUAUUACCGUCAAAAAAUGCAACUUUGGUGGUAUCAGGAGGAGUUGCAAGUAAUCAGUAUAUCCGAAAAGGUCUGCAGACUUUGGCAGAUGUGAAUGAUUUUGCUUUUCUGUGUCCUCCUCCGAGACUCUGCACUGAUAAUGGCGUUAUGAUUGCAUGGAAUGGCGUUGAAAGGCUACGUGCAGGACUUGGUGUUUUACAUAGCCCUGACGGCGUCCGCUAUGAACCAAAAGCUCCCCUUGGAAUUGAUAUUUCAAAAAGAGUUGAAGAAGAUUCCAUCAAGGUGCCAAAACUAAAAAAGAAGAUACGAUGGUUGGCAUCUUAA